AUGACCGCUAUUUCUCAACCCAUUCUACCAUCGUCCACGCCCAUUGAAACCAGCCGCAUGAUGUUACCUGAUGAUACUAACUCUAUGGGCAAUGUUCAUGGAGGUACCAUCUUAAAACUUAUAGAACAAGCUGGUUACAUUGUAGCCACAAGGCACUGUAACUCUAACAACAAGUCUAGAGUCCCUUUGACAACUAUACUCGCUCGAGUAGAAAACACAGAUUUUCAUAAGCCUAUGUAUGUUGGUGAGAUAGGCCAAGUACAAGCGGCUGUCACAUACACUUCACCUCAUUCUAUUGAAGUGACUGUGGAUGUGUGGGCUGAAAAUACUCUCACUGGUGUUCGCAGACAUACAAACUCAGCCAGACUUUGGUAUGUAGCUGUGACGAGUGAUAUUGGACUCUAUGAGAAACCAUUAAAGCCAAUGCCAGUCCCACAGUUAAGUACUUUAUCCAAGGAAGAAUUUGAAGCUGGUAGACGACGAUAUGAGAUGCAGAAAGAAGCAAGAAAAACAAAAAUGCUUAAUGAUAAACUACGGGACACUUUGAACACUCAAUCCGAUAUGCAUGAUCUUCAUAGUGUUCCUGCAUCCCAGACCACUCUGACUAAUGUUGUAUUACCAUCUGAUUGUGCUACUAGUGGUCACAUGUUGGGUGGAGCUCUUAUGAAGAUGAUGGACUCAGCAGCUGGCAUAUGUUCGAUACGUCACUGCAGAACACCAGCUGUCACCAUCUCUUUAGAGGCCAUUAAUUUUAUUAGCCCAAUUUUCAAUGGUGAUCUCGUUUUUGUCACAGCUGAAAUAAUAUUUACAAGCGCAAAAUCUAUGACCAUAGAAGUUCAUGUUGAAGCUGAAGGUUUACGUUCUGAGAGUCCGCGUCGAGUGACUAACCACGCCCUCUUUACAUUUGUGUCUAUAGAUGAAAACGGGAAGGCUAGAGAUGUACCAAAAUUAAAAUUGUCCAAUCAAGAGGAGGAAAAUAAGUUUGAGGAAAUGAAGAGGAUAUAUGAAGCUCGAAAGAAAGAAAGAAUGAGGACCACAAAAGACUGA